UGUCCACAUGAAAGCAUCGCAACCAUUAGUGCUGUUAAGAACUUUUGUUAAAUUUGUGGCCGCUAAUUAACAUAAUCUCACGGCGGCCGGAAGCACAAGCUUCCUCCGCUUCCGUCCAGGGCCGGCACUGUGGAAGAGCAUACUUCUCUGCAACCUCAGCACAUACAUGCACAUAACCUCUCAUCACCGAAGGAUCCCGAGGUGAAGGUGUGGUAUUCUUAGAAACAGUGAAGGUGAACGAUUUAUGGAACGAUAUGCUCCAACUGCCAAAGAUCUUGCAUCAAGAGAUGUUGUGUCCAGAUCUGUGACUAUAGAAAUCAGGGAAGGUCGUGGUGUAGGAUCAUAUCUAUCUCCAUUUGAAUCAUCUUCCACCAGAAGUUCUGAAAGAAAGGCUUCCAGGAGACAGCUGCAAUUUUUGCUGGUGUUGAUGUCACCAAAGAGCCAAUUCCAGUCUUGCCCACUGUUCACUACAACAUGGGUGGUAUCCCAACGGCGAGAUGCAGUGGUUCCUGGGCUUAUGGCUGCUGGGGAGGCAGCUUGUGCAUCUGUUCAUGGUGCCAACAGGCUUGGUGCAAAUUCUCUCCUCGACAUUCUUGUGUUUGGUCGUGCUUGUGCAAAUAGGGUUGCCGAGAUAAGCAAACCAGGUGAGACUCUAGAGGAGAAUGCAGGAAAGAAGAUAAUCGAAUGGCUGAACAAGUUAAGACACUCAAGCGGGUCGCUUCCUACAUCAAGUAUCAGAUUAAACAUGCAGCUGUCUUCCGCACCCAAGAAACAUUGGAAGAAGGUUGUCAGUUGAUCGACAAGGCAUGGGAAAGUUUCGAGGAUGUCCAAGUUAAAGAUGGGAGUUUGAUAUGAGACAAUAUAUAGAAACUGGAGAACCUUUUGAUAAACGCUUCCAUAACAAUGCAUUCAGCGGAAGCACGAAAGGAAAGCAGAGGAGCACAUGCUCGGGAGGAUUUCACGGUUUGAUUCCACUUCCUCGUUUAACAUGCAUAUAUAUGAUUUAACACCACUCUCAAAUAAUAUAAUGACUAGAGAUGGCAAACGAGCCCACCCGCAACCAAAUGGCCCGCCCCGCCACGGGCUCAAGUUCAGUCGGGUCACAGCGGGCUGGCCCGCCGCGGGAUGCGGUAUCGAGAAGCAAUGUCCAAUCCCGCCCCGCCUAGUGCACAGGUCUUUGCGGGUAGGCCCGCGGGUCACCAUCCAGAAGUUGAACGUCUCAUUUGAUGCUUAACUAUAGCUUUUGAGUCAAUGCUUCUCGAUACAGUCAUACAGAUCAACAAAAGAAGUAUAUGAACCUCUAUCAUACGUUUCAUCUCUACGUAUCUUACAUAACAUUACUCUUGUGUUCAAUACAAACAUAUUGAACCUUAUCGGGAAAACAUUAUUCUUGUGUUGAAUGGCAUGUAGUAUCAACAAGAAACUAAAACAGAAAUAAUCUUUGAUGCGUA